AUGGCUCCACAAACGAUUCCAGAUUAUGAAAAUGUAGAAGAUGUCAAUGCUCAAUUAGACAAAAUGGGGUAUAAUAUUGGUUUAAGGAUUGCUGAUGAUUUUUUAUCUAAAAAUGUUAAUGUUGGGAAAUGUACAGACAUGAAACAAUUAUCAGAAGUUUUAGCUAAAACAGCACUAAAGACAUAUCUUGGAGUUACAGGUCAGGUCACAUCAUGGAGUGCAGGUGGAGAUGAAUGUUCUAUUAUCAUAGAUAGUAAUCCUUUAACAGAAUUUGUUGAAAUUCCAGAUAAAUAUAAUGGUUUAAAAUAUUCACAAAUUAUUUGCGGUUCAAUUAGAGGUGCAUUAGAAGCUAUGCACAUGGAUGUUAUUGUUGUUCUUGUUGACGAUGUUCCUAAUCCAACAGAAAUAAGGUUAAAAUUCAAUAGAAUCAUUCGUGAAAAUGUUCCUGCCGGUGAGGAUGAGUAG